AUGGGAUGGAUAAGUUCUGAUCAACGUAAAUAUCGCCAGUACGUAGGUUUCCGGAUAGGAGAGAUUCUCGAGAAGACAAAUCCCAGAGAGUGGAACUGGAUUCCAUCCGAUUUAAACGUCGCUGAUGACGCUACAAAAUGGAAAGGUGAACUAAGUUUGGAGCCGGACAGUCGAUGGUUCCGUGGACCCGAUUUUUUAUACACGAGGGCCGAGCUUUGGCCUUCAUCGGGAGAAGCAAAUUUUGAGACCGACGAAGAGCAAUGUACAAAAUGGGUUAUGGAGCAUCAUGUCUCAGAUUCAAGAAUCGAUUGGAAACGAUUUUCGCAGUGGCGAAGAUUAAUCCGUACCGGAUACGUGAUCCGGUUUGCUGGUAACGUGAAUGCGAAGGUUCAUAAGGCCACUACAACUCAGGGCCCAUUAGAGCAGCAAGAAUUGGCAUUAGCGGAGGCAUGGGUUUUCCGAACAAUUCAGAAGGAGUUUUACCCACAAGAAAUAUCUGCACUUCAAGAUCCGAGAGAAACGAAACCGAGUUUAGAUCGCAAUAGCAAAUUGUUCAAAUUAUGUCCAUUUCUGGAUGCCAAUGGCGUUAUGCGUAUGGAAAGCCGGAUCAGUCAAGCAGCGUUUGCGUCCUAUGAUACCAGGAACCCUAUAAUCCUCCCACGUGGACACUAUGUCACGGAUCUCGUAGUCAUGUGGUAUCACUGGAAGUUCCUGCAUGAGAAUAAAGAAACGGUGGUCAAUGAGAUGAGACAACGCUUUCACGUAUCAAAUCUUCGAAUAGUUGUACGACAAGUAGCUAAAGAAUGCCCCUGGUGCAAGAUCGUCAAAUCCGUUCCGAAGGUGCCGAAAAUGAGUCCUCUCCCAGCUGCGAGAUUGGGAGCAUUUCAGCGUCCAUUUUCAUUUGUGGGCGUGGAUUACUUUGGCCCCAUCACCAUCAGAGUUUUGCGGAGUAAUGUUAAACGUUGGGUGGCAUUAUUCACUUGUUUGUCCAUUCGUGCUGUUUACCUAGAGGUCGUACACUCUUUGUCCACGGAAUCAUGCAAGAUGGCAGUUCGACGUUUCGUGGCUCGGCGUGGAUCACCGUCCGAGAUAUACAGUGACAACGCAACAAAUUUCUUGGGCGCUAGCAACGAUCUCAAAAGUGAGAGCAAAGGGAUCAAUUUACAGUUGGCUGAUACAUUCACAAACGCUAAUACGAAGUGGUUGUUUAUCCCUCCAUCAUCGCCCCAUAUGGGUGGAGCAUGGGAGCGAAUGGUACGCUCCAUCAAAGUAGCUUUCUACGCCAUUUCUACUACGAAGCUUCCUACGGAGGAAAUGUUUGCCACGGUAUUGGCUGAAGCGGAAGGAAUCGUCAAUUCAAGGCCCUUGACCUUCAUUCCACUUGACGAAGACAAUCAAGAAGCUUUAACACCAAAUCAUUUUUUGCUCAUGAGUUCCAAUGGGGUGUUGCAGCCGUCUUGA